CGGGUCGAGCUGUCAAUGGCCAUGGCAGACCCAGCUGAUGAAGGAGCUGAUGAAGGCCAUUUAUUUACCACUUAAUUUACCACUUAUUACACGUCAGGUGAUCAACACCAGUCUAUAUGACUCUCACGGUAUCAAGCUUUAAUCAUGGAUGAGCAAAAGUCAGAGCAGAAUGCAGACUAUAUGGAUGGAGAAGGGGACAAAGGCUGCAUUAAGAACCACAGCUCAGAGUCUUCAGAACAAAAUGACACAUCCUGUAGCAGAGAGAGACAGGUGUCUCCAGUUAAAUGCAAUGUUAAUAUACCAAACGAUAGUAUAGAUGGAAGCCCAAGUGAUAAUGUAUCUGAAGAUGUUGUUGAUAAGUGUAUAGGGGUGACUGUAGAACAAAAUGAUUCUUUUUGUUCAUUGAACAGUGAAGCCAGUGGUGUCUGCAAUGACAAAAAUGGUUGUAUGAAUGAGAGGCAGGUAAAAACAUUGUUAGGAACUCCUACCAGAACAGAUGUUGGCAAAAAAGAGGGAUUAGAUACUGAAGAGAAAGACACCGAUCUUAUGAUGUCAGAAAGUUUUCUGAGAGAUGAUAGUGUUGUGGAGUUUACUGUAGACAAUAAGGAUGAGGAUGAGUCCACAGAUGAGGAGGAACAAGUGGAUGUGUUACAGUGUACCAGUGAAAAUAUCAAAGAUGUGAGCAGUGAAACAGAAACUACAGAGGAAAAUAAAUCAUUAGAGUCAUUAAACAGUGAUGAAAAGUUGCCUCCAUUACACUUGCUACCUCAAGAAAUAAAGAAUGCCAGCCUUUUAACAGAGAUUGAGGACCUCUUGACUACAACUGCCUGCAGUCCCGACUCAGGCUUUGAAGUCAGCAAAAUUGAUGUCUCUUCAACAUCUAAAGAGAACCUGAUGAAAAUGAUCUCGAGUCUCCUGGAUGAGUGCGACACCUUAAAGAAAGAGAAGACAAGAUUAGAAGGGGAAGUUGACAGGCUGGAAGCUGAUCAAUCGGCGAUUGUAUACACUAAGCAGAUUGAAACUCUGGAAAAGACACUUGCACAGGCUCAGGCAGAUGCAUGUAGCUGGCAGCAGCGACUGAAGGAAGCUGAAGAGAACUACCUGGCAGAGAACAUCAAGAUCCGCACAGACCUCACUGCCCGGUUGGAGCGAAUGACUAAGCAGUAUGAGGCUGCCAACAAGGACAAGGAGUCUAUGGUCAUAAAAUAUGCCACUUCAGAAAGAGAGGUUAUUGUUGCCAGACAACAGAAGGAGGCUGUGGAAAAGAAAAUGAAGGAGAUGGAAAAGGAAAGAGAACAGCUACUGAGUAAGAAUAAAAUGCUGAUUGGCGAAAGAGCACGAAUCUGCCAAACACUUGACACAAAGGUCCAGAAGAUCAACUCCUUCCAGCGCGAAGUUGAUAGGCUGAAGGAAGAAGUUAGUAGUCGGGAAGUGAAGAUCAAGUGGGCCCAGACCAAACUAAAAUCAGAAAUGGAUGCCCAUAAGGAAACACAAGCCAAGUUGGACCGAGCUCUUACUAAAAUUACAAAACACGAGGAAGAGCUCAAGUCCAUUAAGGAAGAGGCAGAAAAGGUUGUCCGCAGCACCAGAGAUGAUGAAAACUCCAGAGCAAAUGUCCUUGACAAGCAAUUAAAGGAAGAGAAAGCACGACUCAUCAUGGAACGCCAGGUGUUCGAGGACAGAGGGUCGGCCUUCAACAAGGUUUCAGCAGAACUAGAAUCACUGAAAGCUAAACAUUCAGCGCUGGUAGAGGAAGCGACUUCCCUGAGAUCAAAGGUAACAACAUACGAGGCGGAAAGAGAUGAGAGCGAGAAGUUAUUCACGAGCCUCAGGCAAGAAGUGAAAAAUGCACGCCAGGAGGCAGGAGAUCUCAGCCUCCAGCUCUCUAAUUCAGCUCAUCUUCAGCAGCAGCUACAAAGUGCUAAGCCACAAAGCAGUCAGUUAGUAGACCUUGUGACCUUACCCUUUCCCUGA